AUGGCGUACGAAAAAGAGCUCCGCGUGGCCCAACUGGCCGUGUCGCGCGCCGCCAUUCUUACCAAGUCCGUCUUCCACGAAAAAGCCAAAGGCACGGUCUCCAAAGACGACAAAUCUCCAGUCACGAUUGGUGACUUCGGCGCUCAAGCCCUCAUCAUCGCGGCCAUCAAGCAUAACUUCCCCGAUGACGAAGUUGUUGGUGAGGAGGAAGCCUCCUCCCUGCGAGAACAAAAAGACCUCUCCGCCAAGAUCUGGAAUCUUGUCAAGGAAGCCAAGCUAAGCGAUCCCGACAGCGAUGCCCUUCUUGGCGGCCCAUUGACGUCCGAAGAUGCCAUGCUCACGGCCAUUGACCAGGGUAACUCCGCCGGUGGGGCCAAAGGCCGCAUCUGGGCGCUCGACCCGAUCGACGGCACCAAGGGCUUCCUCCGUGGCGGACAGUACGCGGUGUGCCUCGCUCUUAUGGUCGAUGGGGACGUCAAGGUCGGCGUCCUGGGAUGCCCCAACCUUCCCGUCGACGACUCGGCUCCGCUGACCGAGGACAUGGGUUCGGCCGCCACCGAUGCGGAGGGCAAAGGUGUGCUCUUUUCUGCCGUCCAGGGCCAAGGGGCGACGUCGCAGCCUCUUACCCGCGGGGCCGUGAGCGCCGGCCAACCCAUCCACGUCAGCAAGAUCAGUAAAGUCAGCGAGGCGGUCAUGUGCGAGUCUGUCGAGCCAGGCCACUCGUCCAAGGGCGACAAUGCGCUUAUUGCCGAAAAGCUCGGUAUCACGGGCAAACCUGUCCAGAUGGAUAGCCAGGCAAAGUACGGCAGCGUAGCACGCGGCGCCGGCGAUCUGUAUCUCCGCCUGCCCGUGCGCAAGGACUACGUGGAAAAGAUCUGGGAUCACGCCGCGGGGGAUCUGAUUGUGCGCGAAGCAGGCGGCCAGGUCACCGACGUGACCGGCAAGCGGUUGGAUUUCAGCCGUGGUCGUACCCUGACAGAGAAUAAGGGCGUGGUGGCCACGCCGGCGAAUGUCCAUGCCGAGGUGUUGAAGGCCGUGCAGGAGGUUCUGGGUGCGAAGUAG